CUCCCGCCAUGUCCGUGCGCAGUGCAUUCAAGCGAUGUUCGUAUGGCGGACAGAGCCUCUCGCUUCCCAUCACCACCACCAACAACAAUCCCGUGCAUCAUCCGUGCCGAUCGUACAUCUCUGGGCACCUCAAUCUAUUCAACUAGAAUCUGCGCGCACCUCCAUCUCUUCUAGCCCAUCAUCGCUUUCUCAGCCACGUUAUUUCGGUCGGCCAGCAAGAUGGCGACCGACGCUAACUGCAUCUUUUGCAAGAUUAUUGCUGGGCAGAUCCCGAGCAUGAAGCUGUACGAGGAUGAUCAGACACUGGCUUUCCUGGACAUUGGUCCAAUCUCUCGAGGUCACACGUUGGUCAUUCCAAAGUACCACGGCGCCAAACUUCAUGAUCUUCCAGACGAGACGCUGGGAAAAAUUUUACCUGUCGCGAAGAGAUUGGCCAUCGCUAGCGGAGCAGAGGACUACAAUGUUUUGCAAAACAAUGGAAGAGCUGCUCAUCAGCUCGUGGAUCACGUUCAU